GAGACGACCUUUACAUACUUUUCAAGUCUAUCUGCUCAUUUCCUCACAAGAUCAGAGAGAGAUUAAACUUCCCUUGUAAGCAUAAAUUACUCAGUGGAAAUAAAGACUGAGGCUAAUGGUUUCUCGACAAGAAGGAACCCUUUUCUCCAGAAAGAGGGAUUUUACAACCUAUGGAGAAGAGUUUCACAAUUCAUUCAAGAAGAUCAAACAAGACGAUCAAUCACUGGGAAAACUUCAGAGCACCAUGUUCAGUGAACGAUCAAACUCAGAGAGUAUGAGAUCAGUUACCUUUGAUUUUGAACUUCAACUCCACACUCCUCUAACCACAGAAACUAAGGGCUAUUCCAAAACAUCUGAGGAUCAAAGGACAUACCCCAAAGAUUCACUGCUUGUUGAGCGACCAAAGAUGAGCCUAGACCUUGAGCUGAACCUCUCACCUUCUUAUUCACCUACAAAUACCACAACGAAAAUAGAGGAAUCCUCAAAUCACAAUGAAACCGUGUCAUCGUCGAAGGGUAAGAAUUUGACAAGCCCUAGUAAGAAGACCACGACUGGGACAGGACAAAACCGAUCAUUGUCAUGGCUUGCGUUCGAAGGUGGUGAUGAUGAUGUUGAUCACAAGGAGCAAGAGAUGGUAACAAAAGUGUGCAUGAAAUGCCACAUGCUGGUUAUGUUGUGCACAUCAACUCCUGUUUGUCCCAACUGCAAGUUCAUGCACCCACAUGAUCACAGCUCUACUAAACUGUUUAAACCAUCAAAUUUGCUUAGGCUUCUGUGUUAGUCUCUUCGGGGUUACUGGAUCUAUGAAAUUUGUACGGAAUAAUAUGAACGAUCAAGAGACUAGAUAAAGGAGAAAGUUAUGUAUAUACACACUCCCAAGUACCAAAAGUUUUAUUUUAUGCUUUCUA